AUGGAACACAGCAGGUAUCUGGCUGGUCUGAUUCUGGCUGCCCUUCUCCCCCAAGUGAGUCUCUUCAAGAUAAACGUGGAGGAAACUGAGGACAAAGUGGUUUUGAAUUGUAAUACCAGCGUCAAGUGGCUAGAGGGAACAGUGGGAAAAUUGUCCUCAAAUGAUACAAGAUUGGACUUGGGAAAACGCAUCCUGGACCCGCGAGGAGUGUAUGAGUGUAAUGGGACAGAUAUUAAUGCCGGCAAAACAUCUACUAUUCACGUAUAUUAUCGAAUGUGCCAGAACUGCGUGGAGCUGGACUUGGCCACCCUGGCUGGUAUCGUCAUCACUGACAUCAUUGCCACUCUGCUCCUUGCUUUGGGAGUCUACUGUUUUGCUGGACAUGAGACUGGAAGGCUCUCUGGGGCUGCUGACACACAAGCUCUGCUGAGGAAUGACCAGCUCUAUCAGCCCCUCCGAGAUCGGGAUGAUGCUCAGUACAGCCGUCUUGGAGGAAACUGGCCUAGAAACAAGUGA